AUGGAAGAUUCAAUGGAAGAUUUCAUUAGAAUAAGCAGAAAUAUCAAAUCUGAAGAGCCCCAAAAAAUAAAGGAAGAGAUUCAGAACACUGUGCAAAGGAAAAAAGAAUGUGAUAUGAGGGCUAUUAAAAUAGUUGAGUUUUCAAUUGAAGGAAAGCUGAGACCAGAAAUAUUCACUAGAUGUCUUCCAUACAUAAACCAGUCACAUUAUCAAGAUAUUGUAGAAGAACGUGCAAUCACUAAACUGUGUGGUUACUCUAUAUGUGGAAAAAAAAUUCCUGAUAUGCCCAAGAAACAAUAUUACAUAUCAACAAAAAGUAAUAAGGUGUUUGAUAUAACUGAAAGAAAGAACUUUUGUAGCAAUUACUGUUACAAAGCUAGCCUGCACAUUAAAAAACAAAUUGAUGACAGUCCUCUGUGGAUGCGUAAACUUGAUGACAUUCCAGAAUAUCAAUUGAUGGACAGUAAUGAAGGUGGAUUACCUGGGGAAUGUGUUGACCAAGGUAUUGCCAGACCAGUAGUGGAACAACCUUUCACUUCAGUAUCAGCAUUUGCUGAAGUUUCAUUGAAUGAUGUGGCUGACAAAGAAGUUGGAGGUGAAAAACACUCAAAGCAAAACAAAAAUAGGGGAUCCCAGAAAAAAAUUUCAAAAUUGGCUAAAACCAUGCAGACUAUAAGUGAACAAGUAGAUGAAGAAUCAAAUUCUUUGAAAGAGAAUAUAGAAAAUACUGAACCUCUUCCUGCUAACCCAGAGGUAUCAAGCUCAAGAACUUUGCCCAUAAUUGUAGAAAAUGUUGAAAUGAGCCUGGAAGAAACUAAGACCAGUACUGAAUCUCCUGUCAAACCACAUUCCAAAAAGCCCAAGAAGAAGAUUUCAAAAUCCACCUCCAGAGUGGAUGCAGAAGCUCUGAUGAAAAAAGUCAUCAAAGAUUGGCUGUCUUUAGAAACAUACAUUUUUUUGUUUGGGGAAUCAAAAAUCAAACAGAUCCUGAAUGAGAAGAAAUUAAGUGAUGUUUUUGAUGAACUCAAUAUUGGGGAAUUACAGAGAGACCAACAAACCAGAUACAUGGAUAUUUGUAAAAGACUGCACCUGCAAGAGAUGGCAGAUGAAAAAUUUGACCAAGCUAUCAUAGGGAACUCAAAUUUAAAGCCACCUCCAGACUUCAAGAGAUUGAAGGAAGACAGCAAAGACUUGAAUAUAAAAGUGAAAUGCUUUUACAGUGGUAUGCUGCAUGAAAAAGAAGAUAAGAAUUUCCCAACAAAAAUUAAUAAGGUGGAUCCCAAUGAUAAAGGUGGGGAGGAACUUGCUGCAGUAUUGCCUUUAGUGGAUGUCAAUUCUCAGAAAGCAAUGAGAAGAAAGAUAUUCUUGAAUGCAAUUAACAAAUCGAUGCACCAGUUACUUCAGGCAUUGCGGAUCCGAUCUUUCACAUGCAUUCUCUCGGAUUUGCAGCAUUUGGUAAAAACUUUCAGGCUGAAAGCAGACAAUAUUGUGUUCAAGCCAGCAUUGUGGAACCACAUAGCUGUAGUAUUGCUUUAUAUAUUGUCUAUAAAAGAUCCGAAUAUCAAGAACAUUCUAGAUGAGGCGUCAUCUCAAGAGUAUAUAAAACUCCAGUUGUCUACAUUACCCAGCAAAGAGACUUUUGUUAGUGAUAUAAUUAUGGAUGUUCAGAACAUUGAAAUGUUCGUGGAACAGUUCAUUUCCUUUAAUUGA